CUGGCCGCUCGUUUCGGCGAAUCCUGGCGAAAGUCAUUCUCAGCCUUUUUAUGAUACCUCUCUCUGCCCAGCCGUAGUUAUGUCAUCGAUUGCAGAAUCAUCAGAGACACCAGUGAAGCUCAAGAGGAUCACAGCUUGCCUUCAUUGUCGGAGGCAGAAGCUCAAGUGUGAUGUCGGCAAAAGCAAGCCUUGUACAAGGUGUAAGGAUGAGGAUGUCGAAUGUGUCGUUAGACCGAGAGCCAAUGCAGCCAUCCUAACGGAUGACUUGAGAUGGCAACAGUCUGUCGAGACUAGGCUGCAGAGCGUCCAGAAAGAGCUGGAACAAUUACGGCACUUAUCCUCUCGACAAUCGCAUCAUGCACUGCCUACACCUGGCACGCAGACCGACGGAUCCAAUCCCAUAGGAACAGCACGAUCAGAGCCUAUGCAGGCCAUACCUCCGCUUCCGCCUCACUUACUUGGGCUACGGAAUAUUUUGGCUGAGUCGCUCGCCGCCUUGGAAUUUGCGAGUCACGAAGCCUCCGCAGAAGAAGCUGCUCUCUUGUGGGAAGAUUUCUACAGCUCUCUAGCCAUCUUUCACGGCUUCAUUGCUGGUCCAAUGAUCACUGCUCCAUCGCCCCUGUUGCUCACAGCUAUAGCCGCGGCGUCCUCAGCGCGAUCGUCCGAGUCGUCAACCCUCUCUAGACAUCCCAUAUGGGUUGGGUUAUUCGAGCGUGCACUGGCUUCAUUUCUCGCGGGAACGAGGACAAGAUCAUGGGAUGACCCAGUUGCCCUGUGUAUAGCACGUACUUGGUUCUGGACGGCGGACUGUUCCACCACCGGACUCAUCUAUGGAGCGUACCUCAGCACCCUGUCGCCGUCUUCUGCGGAUCUACGGAGUCGGAGGGUAUGGGAUUUCAUCCUGAUAACUGCUGCAUCGCACUCUGUGCUACACCUGGAUACCAUAAUCAUCCCUGAGCGUCCCCCAAGCCUUGUCCCUAUGCGAGAAUACCCUCACGUUCUAUUCGGAGCUCUAACGGAGCUCUUCGACAUCAUCGGCGAGCUGCCACGGGUCAUGUCCGGAGCUGACGGCAUUAUCAUGAGUCUUCUACGACCCCGCGAAACUCGUCAUUGGUCCUAUGCGCAGCACUCCAUACUGAAGACGAGCAUCACCGACGUUCAGCGAUGGGGAACAAAAUGGAUCACGGCCAUACGCGGAACCUCGGACGACCGACUCCCUGGUGGAAGAUCGAGGCAAUUCCUGCUCGACCUCGUCGCUGUCUACUAUCAAGCUGCUAUGCUCAUUUUGUACGGGUAUCUGUAACAAGGGACUGAUGAGCAUAUCCUACAAUACAUGGAUAGUGCCAGAGUCUUGACCGGAUUAGUGGUCGAGAGCUGGUCUUAUUCACUUCGACUGUGGCCGAGAUUGUUGCUUGACACUGCAUUGUUAGCGGCGGUCGUCCUCGAUCCAAAUGAUACUCUCUCACGUCAGGCCUAUGCGCUCUUCACACCAAUUGCAUCGUUGCUCUCUGAUUCUGGGACCCAAAUGAUCGAGGUUUUGCGCCAGCGAUUCUUGUCCAGUCCAUGCCACACGGUCCUCUUGCCGUCCUUGGAUCCAGGGACCAUGUUGCAUACUGGCAGUGACGCGUUCUGGGACGAUCUAUUAGGCAUACUGAAUGUCGAGCCAGAGAAAUCAUCAUGGCAGAGCUGAGAAGAUGGAAUGCAUACAAGAAACCAAUAUAAAACUUC